UCUUCUUCGAUAAUAAUAAUAAUAAUGAUAAUAAUAAUGUAGCAACAAAGUGUGUUAACUGUGCUGGUCAAUGUUAUGGUGUGGGAGGAGACGGUACAGUUGGCAGCCAUGACGUCCGUCACACGGGACUCAGAUGUGCACAUUACCUAUGAAGAUCAACAGAAGAUAAACAGGUUUGCCCGCUGCAAUGCACGUCAUGGAGACAUUAAGGAGGAACUUAAAAUUAAGGAGAAUGAUCUACAAAACUUGCAGGAUGCAGAAGAUGAGAUGUUAAUUGCUCUGGACAGUGAUGAAAAAGUUCCAUUCAUGGUUGGUGAGGUCUUCAUCAUGAAAACACAGGAUGAAGCACAAGAAGCCAUCAGUUCACAGAGAGAAGACUUGCAAGAGGAAAUCAGUAUUCUCAACAGCAGAAGCAGUGAGCUACAGGAUACUAUGACUCAGCUGAAGGGGGAUCUCUAUGCAAAAUUUGGUAAUAAUAUUAAUCUAGAGCCUGAAGAAGAGUAGAAGCUUAGAUACCCAUUAAUUUCAAUGGCUUGAAAACUAUAACUAUUUUAAAUUUAUUAACCAUGGUUACUAUAUUUAACUGUUGUGUUCAGUGUUAUAAACCUGUGGGUUAGUCAGCACUAUUCUGGCAAAGCUUCAGAAAGAAACCAAAAGCCUUUAUCAUGUUUUGUGAGCUAAUUAUUUUAUGGAUCAAUAAGUCAAAUUCAGCAGUUUUAACUUUUUUUUUUCAAGUGCACACAAAUGUCUUUCUAGUUACACAUCGAAAGGGAUUAAAAAAAGAAAUACUACAUUUAUGGUUUUUAUUUAUAAAAUAGUACACUCCAAUUUUUAAAAAUUGCAAUAAGAGUAGGUAAACCAGAAAAAAAAUACUAAAAUUGAUUUAAACAUUACAAGGUUUACUUAAAAUACAGUACUAUAUAUUGAGAUUAAUAUUUUAAAAUCACUUUUGCAGUGUUUUGUAUGGGCAUUAUAAAACACCAACUUUUGAUGUAGCCACUACCAUGAAUACAAUAAUUAGUCCUGACACAUUAUCAGUCAAAUUGUGUUACCAUUAAACACUUAUACAUACUUUCAAAUGAACUUGGUAACAGGUGAUUAUGGUAGAGAAUGUAAAUGUUAUUACAAUGAGCAAGUACUAACCUUGUAAGGAUUAUAGUGCCUGGGAAAUGGGAGGUAAUUAAGGGGUCUAAUAUAAAAUGCAAAUUAGUUACUAAAUUAAGCCAAAAGCUGUUGGGUGCUUUAGAAUGUAUAUUAAAUAUCUUUGUUCAAAGAAUUUUAAAAUGUGAAUAAUCUGGAGGUUUAUUGCAAAAAGUUUUUCUUCUCCAUUACUCAUAAGCUUGUAAAACUGUGGCUAUACAGUGGACCCCCGGUUAACGAACUUUUUUCAUUCCAGUAGUAUGUUCAGGUGCCAGUACUGACCGAAUUUUUUCCCAUAAGGAAUAUUGUGAAGUAGAUUAGUCCAUUUCAGACCCCCAAACAUGCACGUACAAACACACUUACAUAAAUACACUUACAUAAUUGGUCGCAUUUGGAGGUGAUCGUUAAGCGGGGGUCCACUGUAUUGGCAAGUUCCUGUAUUGUAUGGGUGAAAUAUAAAUAAACCUGUAGGAA